UAGAAGUGUAGAAGAGAGGAGAAAAGUCGUGAGAAAGAAUCUGGUUGAGAUGAUGGAAGUGGAACAAGGAGGAGGAAGAGAGCGAAUAUUCGUUGGGGGUUUGGGAGAGAGCGUGACGGAAGACGAUCUGCAAAGGCUGUUCACCGGAGUUGGAGGAAGCGUCGACGGAAUCGAUAUAAUCAGAACCAAAGGCCGUAGCUUUGCUUACGUCGACUUUCUGCCUUGCUCAGACAAGUCCCUCUCCAAGCUCUUCGCCACGUAUAAUGGGUGCGUUUGGAAGGGCGGGAAGCUGAAACUCCACAAGGCUAAAGAACAUUAUCUUGUUCGUUUGAGACGAGAAUGGGCUGAACUAGAAAAUGCUCAACUUGCUGCUGAAAUUAAGCACCACACCACCCAAGAAGCUAAAACUGCUUCACAACACAGCACCAAGCAGCUUCGCUUAUUCUUUCCUGCUCUAAGAACCGUGAAAGCUUUGCCCUUUAGUGGAACUGGCAAGCACAAAUACAGUUUCCAACGUGUUCAAGUUCCUUCUCUCCCCCUUCAUUUCUGUGACUGUGAAGAGCAUGCUGUUUUUGACCCUUCUCCUGAUCAACAAAACCAAUUACCUGACCAUGUGAUCAAUGACAAAGAGCUUAGUAUAAUGAAUAAAGUAAUGGACAAGCUCUUACAAAAGGAAUUGGAACAUGUUUCUGAUGAUGCUGAUCACAAUACUACCGCCUCCCCUCUGCCUCGGCCUCUGCCUAGUCAACAACAUGGUGAGCUUUAUCUUCCUACUGAAGCGGAAGCUGAGCAAGACGACCUCAUAAUUAAUAUUGUGUCAAGUAAACAUGAAGAAAACAUACUAUCGGCCUUGGAGGAAUUGAGAUCCAGUGGAACACAGGUGUGCAGUAAGAUUAAUGGACCUCCUAACAAAAAGAGGAAAUCCCUUCUCAACAAGAGUUACAAUGAAACAGAAUUGGAGCCUGAUAUCCCUGGCUCAAAGACGGAUUCUAAAUCUCAACCAGAUAAACCAGAGCUGGGAGUCCAACAAUCAACUGCCCCGGUUUCAUGGUCUCAGAAAUGUUCAUGGAGACAACUUGUCGGUCAUAGGGACAACAGUGGGUUCAGUGUCUCACAUAUACUGACAGGCAGAUCUUCUUCUAGUGACCAAAUGGAGCCCAAAUCUGGCAGUUCCGAUGUGCACCAGUCUGAGGACCUGGCAAGUGACGGAAACUCAGAAGGCCAGCUGUCUGAGAUGGAACCACUUAAGGGAAGAUCAGAACAUAAACCUACCAAGUCAGUAUCUGACUCAUAUGAGUCGGGUAGAGUUCCUUCAUGGCGUCAGGAAUUAUCUCUGACACAAUUGACUGAUGAGAAUACUGGGAGUGUAACUGAACAGGCCCAGCCAAACUCUGGUUCUGGUGCUUUUGAAGUGUCCCAUUCUGACAGCAAAAACCAGGACUUGGCAAGGGAUGGAAACUUGGAAGGUCAGCUCUGUGAGAUGGAACCGGUGGAGGAGAAUGCGGAUCCUCAACCUCAAAAUGCAUUAUCAAACUCAACUAAGUCAGGUAGAGGAGCUUCAUGGCGCCAGAAAUCGUCCUGGACACAAUUGAUUAAUGACAAUACUGGAAGCUCAUUCAGCAUAACACAAGUUCUACCAGCUGGUAUCUCUUUCAAGCAACAAGGGUUCCAAAAGCCCAGAGGUGUAGAAGUCAUGAGCUCUUUUGGCAGCAAGCUCAAGGAAACAGUAAAGCAAGAUAAGAAUAAACUUACUAGAGGUGAAUCCUCUUCUUUGGGGAUAAUUGGAAAGGAGGGGGAUGGUUUACCACGGAGUACUCCUAAAGAGAAUCAACAGAUUAUUGCCGGCAAUGACAAUGCUCCAGAUCUGGGGAAAAUAUGUGAUUUGACACCAAAGCAAGCAUCUACAGGCACUGUUGACAAAGGUAAAACCUGCUUAUUUGUGAGAAGUGCUGCUUCAUUAAAUGAAUGGGCGAAAGCUAAGGCUGCCCUAAGUGGGUCACGAAAAAGAAAGAACAGCAACAAGUAGAUGUUUUGAGCACACAAAAUUGAUUCUCUCUGGCAUGACACUUGCUCCAAUCCAAGUUCACAUAGGAACAGCCUAAGAUUUUGGACUUAUUUGCUUUUUAGUUGGGCACUUGCUCCGGAUUGGCAGAGUUGUAUGUAAUUCUAUUGAAAGUUUAAAGACCUAGGUAGCCACAUAUGAGUUAUUGUUUUCAUUACAGUAUUACUUGUCCCUUCGCAUUAGCAGCAUUCUGUAUUGGCAUGCUUGCUUGCUGGGCUUGUCGCAUUUCUUGAUUAUUUGCUA